AUGCUUCAAUUUAUCGUUCUUUUCGCUCUCGUUCGUUUUUCAUUUACUUAUACUCUAAUUCAACCACGUCAGAGUGUUGGUAUUAAUGAAGUUGUUGCACUGAUAAGUUCCGAAAAUUGUCAAUUCUAUUUAUCACUGAAUACACAUUUUCAAUGUGGAGUCAAGUCUCACCUCACCCAAUAUUCAUACAAAUAUUGCCAACGACUUCUUGAUAUUCGUAAUUUAUUUGAAAAUACCAAAUACCAAGAUAAUGUUCGUCAGUGUUUACAACAAAAACUUCUUACUAAAAUACAACAAGUUGGCGAAAUGACAAUCACAUGUGAUAGUUUUAAACAGAUAGAUCUUGAUUCACAUCAAAGUUGUUUAGCUGUUUCAUUCAAAGAACUUUCAGUCAAUGAUGUCAAACAAUUCAUUGCCAGUUUCAAAGAUACGACAGUAAAUUAUGCUCAACUCUGUAAAUUGGCUAACAGUUUUGCAGGUCAUUGGAGCCAAGUGGUCAAUGGAGAUUUGAUGAUGUUUCUUAAACGACAACUCAAAGAAAUAUUUACAGAUGGUGAUACUUCUACAUGUAUUAUCAAAGAGAAAGACAUAAUUGAUGAAAUUGAUGAGAUUGUUUCUGAAAUUGGUACAGUAUUAGAUAAAGUAAAAAGUGUCAAAGAAGAUAUUAGCUUAAUUAUUGAAAAAUCAAAAGCUAUACGUGAUGAUUUCAAAACCAUUCGACAAAUUGUUAAGCAAAUGAAUAAUGGUACCGUAUCAAACAUAGACGGAUUAAAGGCAAUACUUGCUAAAACAAAGACAAUAGUUGCUAAUUCAAAAGUAAUCAUUGAAACAAUAAAAAAUCUUGGUAAAGACAAGACAAAUACUGGUGUUGAUCAAAAUCAGACUGAAAAACCAACUACAGAACUUGGACAACUAGAAAACGCACAAAAUGCAUUGGCACUCAUGCAAAUCUCUCAAGUUAUUAGUCAAUUCAAUGGAUUAAAAGAAGAAGUUUAUAAUGUCAUUGAUAAUGUCAAUUCGAUUGUUGAUAUCGUUGAUGAAAUUCGAGAUGGAAAGAAGAAUGUUGCCGAUGGUAUAUCCGAUAUUAUUGGUCAGAUUGAACAAGGAAUCGAUAAUAUUUAUUCCAUUAUUGAUACAUCAUAUACACUUAAAGACACAGUUUUUGAUUUAGUCGAAUCUAUUCAUGGAUCCAUGGGAGGAAUUGUAGAUGAACUUGUUGACAAUGGUAAAGAAACAGUCGAUGAAAUAGUCGGUGGUGUUACUGGUUCAAUUGGAGGAGGUCUCAAUGGUAUUGGAAAAUAA